AUGCAGCUUCACCACAAAUCUAAGUGCAGCAGUUGCAUGAAAAAAAAUGAUUAAGCACCUGAAGCUUGUUGUCCAAUACGUCGAGAGACACUUCGUAAUGCUUGUGCUCAUCUUGAGUAUUAACGUAGGGGCUCUACGUUUUAGCACCGACGAGAUAUUAGCCCUGUGGACCUCACUCCUUAUUACUGAUCCUAUUCAAAUCCUAAGCAUAUGUCUCGUGUUAUUUCUCAUUGCCACCAUAUACCUCAUGUCAAGACCGAGAACGAUAUACCUAGUUGACCACGCAUGCUUCAAGCCGCCCUUCACGUGCCGCGUCCCCUUCUCUACCUUCAUGGAGCACUCUAGACUCAUCCUGAGAGAAGCACCCGAUAGCGUUGAGUUCCAGAUGAGGCUUCUUGGUCGUUCAGGCCUCGGAGAAGAGACCUGCCUGCCCCCUGCCAUUCACUAUAUUCCUCCAACUCCGACCUUGGAAGCUGCCAGGCGCGAGGCUGAGAUGGUUAUCUCCUCAGCCCUUGACUCGCUCUUCAAGCAGACAGGCUUAAAGGCUAAAGACAUCGACAUCCUCAUUGUCAACUGUAGCCUUUUCUCGCCGACUCCCUCCUUGUCGGCUAUGGUGGUCAACAAAUACAAGCUUAGAAGCAACAUUAAGAGCUUCAACCUAUCGGGUAUGGGGUGCAGUGCGGGGUUGAUAUCCAUCAGUCUUGCCCAAGACCUCCUUGAGGUACAUUCCAACUCGAAUGCGGUUGUUGUGAGCACUGAGAUAAUCACACCGAAUUACUACCAAGGGAAAGACAAAGACAAGCUCCUCCCUAAUUGCCUGUUUCGCAUGGGCGGGGCUGCAAUCUUAUUGUCGAACCGGUGGUCUGACCGCUGGCGAGCCAAGUAUAGGUUGGUCCACGUGGUUCGCACCCACAGGGGCUCAGACAAUGAAGCAUAUAAGUGUGUCUUCGAGGAGCAAGACGGAGAAGGCAAGGUGGGCAUCUCGUUAUCGAAAGAUCUCAUGAAGAUAGCGGGUUCAGCCCUGGAGAGAAAUAUAACCACCCUCGGGCCUCUCGUUCUUCCAGUGUCCGAGCAAGUGAUGUUUGUCCUCAACAUGAUCGGUAGGAAAUUCCUUAAAAGGCAAUGGAACGCUUAUAUGCCCAACUUCAAGAGGGCAUUCGAGCACUUCUGUAUUCACGCAGGUGGGAGGGCAGUCAUCGACGUACUGCAGAAGAGGCUGGACCUGUCUGACGAGCACGUGGAGGCAUCGAGAAUGACUCUUCACAGGUUUGGGAACACGUCCUCAUCAUCCCUCUGGUAUGAGCUGAGCUACAUCGAGGCCAAGGGGAGGAUGAAGAAAGGAGACAGGGUGUGGCAGAUCGCUUUCGGGAGCGGGUUUAAGUGUAACAGUGCGGUCUGGAAGUGCAAUCGAAGGAUCAAGACAACAAUAACCAAUAGUCCUUGGAGUGAUUGCAUUGACCGAUACCCUAUCGAUGUUCCAAAAGUUGCAAUCCUUUAAACAAGUCUCAUGAUUGUGUGUAUCUGACAUAUCUGUGUUCUGUUCUCAUGUUUUUCUUCCUUUUCCUUUUUUCUUCUUCUUUUUCCGAGUCAAAUUGUAGUCUUUUCCUUCCAAUGUUGUUAACUGUGCCUCUAUGUGUUGUGCCAGGAUUUUGA